CCGGCGACGUCAGCUGCCGCGCGCCAGGCACCGGAGGCCCCCUUGAGCCCGGUCGCCUUCUUUCCCUCCAGGGGAUUGGGGAGGGGGGGUCCUUAAACGGGGGCUGCCCUCGGCGGUGCCUGAGCCGCCAUGGAGCCCCCCUCGGGCUGCCCCUUCCUGGAGGACAGCUUCACCCGCUUCUCCUCCCAGAGCAACGUCUACGGGCUGGCCGCGCUGCCGGGGGCGGCCCGGGGGCCGUGCGGGGCGGGGCCGGAGGAGCCGGCGGGGCCCGAGGGAGGGGGCGCCGAGGCGGCCUCGUGGGGCCCGGAGCCGGCCGGGGGGGCGCCCGCGGGGCCGGGGGGGCUGCUGGCCGCCACCCUGAAGGGGAAGGUCAUCUACUUCCGCUACCAGGACCUGCGGCAGAAGCUGCGCCCCGUGGCCAGGGAGCUCCAGUUCACCUACAUCCCCGUUGAUGCUGAGAUUGUGUCCAUUGAUACUUUCAACAAGUCUCAUCCCAAACGGGGCCUUGUAGUGGGGAUCACCUUCAUUAAGGAUUCUGGAGAUAAAGGAUGCCCUUUCCUUAACAUCUACUGUGACUAUGAACCAGGUUCAGAAUAUAAUCUGGACUCCAUUGCACAGAGCUGCUUGAACUUAGAAUUGCAGUUUACUCCUUUCCAGCUCUACCAUGCAGAAGUCCAGGUUGCUGGCCAGCCAGAGACCGUCUUCCUGCUGAGCGGCAACGAUCCUGCAGUUCACCUGUACAAAGAGAAUGAAGAAUUGCACCAGUUUGAGGAGCAGCCCGUGGAGAAUCUCUUUCCUGAACUCAAAGAGCUUCCAAGCAAUGUGCUGUGGCUGGACGUAUUCAACAUUCCCGAUGCAGGGCGCCGCAUCACCGCCUUCGGCUGCCAGAGUGGCUACAUCCGGGUUGCCCAUGUCGAUCCAGCCUGUAGAGAGGUGUUACAAAGCUGGAGCAUCCAGCAAGACGGUCCCAUCUCCAAAGUCCUGGUGUUUGCCCUACCAACUACCUGCUGUCCGGACAACCUUGCAGGGACCGCAGCAACAAAUGGAACCGCCGGCAACUGCAGUCAGAACUACAGCGUCCUGGUCACCAGCACUAUCGAGCUCUCUGUCGUCUACAGGAACGUCUUGCUGAGCGGCCUUGAGGACCAGUUGGUCCUGCCAGCGAGCGACCAGUACGACAGCGUGCUCUGCGCCCUGGUGACGGACGUCAACUUUGACCGCGAGCCCGAGAUCCUGCUCGGUACUUACGGGCAGGAAUUGCUGUGCUACAAGUACCAGGCCCCGGGCGCUUCUACCGCGGGGGCAGCGGGGCCCCAGCCUUAUACCUUGCCCAGAGGGGAGUUCCAUCUUCUUUGGCAGCGCACUUUCCCCAGCCCUCUGUUGUCCAUGGAGUACGUAGACCUGACUUGCGAUGGACUCUGCGAGCUGGCCGUGGUGUGCCUGAAGGGGCUGCACAUUCUUCAGCAUAGCCUGACACAGACAGCCCAGUGCUUCCUGGAGCGGCUUCGGCUGAAAGUGGCCAACCUGGCAGCACAGCACAGCCUGCAGCCCCUGGAUGCUAAGAGUCAAGAUUCUGACGGGAAAGAACAACCCAAGGAGUGAAGGCGCUUGGCGGGGCCUGCUUCAUUCGUCCGUUGGUUGAUGAUCUUUUUGCUUGGGUUGGAGAAAUGGAGACUAGAGUCGGCGUGGCAGUAACUCUCCAAAGAAGCCUUCUGGUCUGACAGUUGUGGUUGGAAUGAGGAGAGAGCAGACCCGGAAUGCCUCCGGCCUUUCUGUGAUGAGACUUGAGCUGCAAGAGGAGCCAGGCAAGAAGUGACACCUCUGGGACACAGGAAGCAAACCUGGGCCAGGGCACUUCUGGGGGACCCUCGUUAGGUUGGCCGGAGCAAAGCCUGGCCAAGGAAUCUGUAAAUGGGGGUUGUCGAUCUGUCAUUAAAAGCACUGUUCCUUC